AUGGAUCUCCCCACAGACUCGAUCUACGUGGAUGUCACUGACAAGUUCUUCCGGGCUGUGGACGCAAUGGCGCCCGGAAACGUCGUCGCUUCUCCAUACUUCGAUAUGCUAGAAGGGUCCAGAGCCAUUGAGAUGGGCAACCGCCGUCUAGAUACGGGACUCAUUGCGUUGGAUACUGACGAUAUCAUGUUUGAUGCUUCGGCUGCUCAGACGGUGGCUGAGGUGGCAGGGUCGAUGAACCAUAUCACCCGACUGCUCAUGCUGUGGUUCCUGGGUCUGUCGUUACCGGUUACAUUGCUUAGUAACCGCUAUGUUUUGGACUUGUUGCAGAGCUACCAGCGUAAUAACGGCCAAUUUGUUAAAACGAGUUUGGUCAAUCAUAGACUUCAUAAGGAAUCUCUUCCUGAAGAGACUCUGUACCACGCAUUGUUGGUGAACAAGGUGCUUAGAGCGUUUGUGGCUGGUAUUUGCAAGUUUUCCGGCCAGGUUAGAGAAGUGGCGUUGAAUGUUUUGUAUGAUGAAGAGGACUUGACCACGAGGAAUAUGGAUCUCGAUUUGCUUUCUGCUACAGAAUCAAAGGUGAUAUUGGGAACCAUCAAUGAAGCUAAGGAAUGGCUUGAAAACCAAGAGGAAGAAACCCCAGAGAUACUUAUAGACUUCCUCUCUUUGGCUGCAUCCUUGGUGUCCAUGUGUGACAUUGUUCGCUCUUCUAUAACCUUGUUUAAGCCCAAGGAGCCACUUUCAUACCCAUGCCUCGACGAGAUCAAGACUCUCGCUUUAAAGUUCCAGAAAAAGGAUCUUGGUUUGGGCCCAGAAAAUUCUGUUUCCAAGUUCGUGCAAGCAGACUGUAACAAUAAGCAUAUUCCUUAUGAGAACUUCCUUCUCGAGAGAGAACAAGCCUAUGGCGAUUUGCAUAAUAUGGUGGCUGAAAUCGAAGCAUUCGUUACUGCUUUUUCAAAAUUCGAAAACGUAAGACAGCUUGAAUCUUACCUUCGCUACACGAUGGCUCCACGCAUGACCGCUGACUACAGUGCUGUGUCCCGUGGUUUCUACCAAUUGUUCUUUAUUAGAGACGACAAGUCAAUUGCAGGCCUGGAAGAGUCUGUCGGUUCUAUUGCUAUCAGACUCAUGGAGAGCUUGUGCUGCGCCGGUACUUCUGUUCUAGAUACCGUGUCGUGGAAUAUUCCUGAGGAAGAUCCAGUCAGGAAAGAAACCAUGCAUAGAGAUGCUCUCAGUAAAGUUGGAGCUCUCCUCGAUGACAUAGAAAACGCCAUGUAUAAGUUCUUGUCGAAUUACGGCAACAAUAAGUGCAGACAAAGGCAGUUUGAUAGUCAGACUAUAGUGUUAUGGGACACAUUACAGUUUAAUGCUGAGAACAUUGAGUUCCAUCUUUACUCAAAGUACUCUAUUGGCGAUAAAAUGGCACCGGACUCUCUGGAUCCAGCACUUCCCAUUACUGCAUUUGCAUUUCACACCAAGCUUCACAUCAUGCUUCAGGCUGUCUUGAGUGGUUUUGAACUUAACUUGUACAAGCCUUUCGAGGCAUCGCAGAUGUACUGGUACGCAUCGUACUUGGCAGAGAAUGACCAUGCCAAUGUGUCUAUCAGAGUGAAGCAAAUUAAUAAAGGUAAGCUAGCAUCUGCUCUCAGCUUAGCUAAAAAGGUGAAAAAGGCAAAGGCUGGUCCUAAGAAAGAAGAGUUGAAAAGGUUGCAUAGAGCCUUAAACGAAACUGCCGUUCCUCAAGUGCAAAAGAACUUGCAAUACAUUGAGCAGUACUUGGAGCCAUCCAUCUUGGCUACGCAGAACCUUUGUCUUUCCAUUUCCCAAAUCAUGCUCUUGUACCAGCUGUUGGGAGCCGAUUUGAGCAAGCCGCCCGCUAUAGUGGACGACGAGCACUUGUAUAAUCUCAGAAUGAAGCCCUGGAGGUCGGUAGAAGUUCCGCCUUGUCCCAGCUUCAAAGAGUUUCAGGAUGCCACGGAGUUUUAUGCCAACUUCUCGAAGCUUGGUCUAGAAUUGAGAAAGAAAAAGUUUACUGACAUUAUCGGCACGCUUAAACAGAAGCUUACUGAAGCGCUGCAGAUCUUUGGUGGUAUUACAGACAGCUUCAAGAAUGAAGAACAGCUGGGAGCAUUCUUUAAAGGAGGAGAGGCCAAUGCAAAGCAGUGGUUUGAGAAACUCAAGAAGACGGCUGUAGCUUACCAAGUGGAGCUCGGCACGUUGUUACGAAUUGUACAACAGGACGGAAAGGGAGAAAACUAUAAAGUGGAGGUAUCUUCCACGUACCAUGCGUUCUUCCCUAUUUAUUCGUUAAAAGAGAAGAAGCAGAAAUAA